GCACGGCCAGGCGAAGAGGAGCCGGCCGUGCGGUGUGUGUGUUUGUGUGCGUGGGGCUCGGACUCAGCCCCGGGAAGAUGGUGGCGGCGGGGGCGGCUGCGGCGACUGAGGCGAAGCUGAGGGGGAGGACAGUAGCGACGACAGGGCCCUCGGGCAGGAACGGCGAGCAGCUCCGGGACUGGGACGUCCCUGGGGCUAGGAGGCCGGGACUGGGGGCCGGGCUGCGCUUCCCGCAGCUGCUGCUGCUGCUGCUCCCUCCUUUGCUGCUGCUUCCCUGGGCUGCCGAGGCCGUGGCGGCAGCGGCGGUGGUAUCGGGCUCAGCCGCAGCCGAGGCCAAGGAAUGUGACCGGCCCUGUGUCAACGGCGGCCGCUGCAACCCUGGCACCGGCCAGUGCGUCUGCCCCACCGGCUGGGUGGGCGAGCAGUGCCAGCACUGCGGGGGACGCUUCAGACUAACUGGAUCUUCUGGGUUUAUAACAGAUGGACCUGGAAAUUAUAAAUACAAAACAAAGUGCACGUGGCUCAUUGAAGGACCGCCAAAUAAAAUAAUGAGACUUCGCUUCAGUCAUUUUGCUACAGAGUGUAGUUGGGACCAUUUAUAUGUAUAUGACGGGGACUCCAUUUAUGCACCACUAAUUGCUGCCUUUAGUGGCCUCAUCGUUCCUGAAAGAGACAGCAACGAGACUGUCCCUGAGGUGGUUGCCACAUCAGGUUAUGCCCUGCUGCAUUUUUUUAGUGAUGCUGCUUAUAAUUUGACCGGAUUUAAUAUCACUUACAAUUUUGACAUGUGUCCGAAUAAUUGCUCAGGCCAAGGAGAAUGCAAGAUCAGCAACAGCAGCAACACCAUCCAGUGCGAAUGUUCUGAAAACUGGACAGGUGAAGCAUGUGACAUUCCCCACUGUGUAAAUAACUGCGGUUUUCCUCAUCGAGGUGCCUGCAACUCCAGUGAUGUCACAGGGUGUUCCUGUUUCUCAGGGUGGCAGGGUCCUGGAUGUUCAAUUCCUGUUCCGGCUAACCAGUCAUUUUGGACACAGGAGGAAUAUUCUAACCCCAAGCUGCCCAGAGCCUCUCACAAAGCUGUGGUCAGUGGAAACAUCAUGUGGGUCAUUGGAGGAUACAUGUUCAACCACUCAGAUUACAGCAUGGUUCUGGCGUAUGACCUUGCUUCUAGGGAAUGGCUCGCACUGAACCAUUCUGUCAACGAUGUGGUCGUUCGAUAUGGCCAUUCUGUAGCAUUACACCAGGACAAAAUUUACAUGUAUGGAGGAAAAAUUGAUUCCACAGGGAAUGUGACCAAUGAGUUGAGAGUGUUCCAUAUUCACAAUGAAUCAUGGGUGCUGUUGAACCCUAAAGCGAAGGAGCAGUACGCGGUGGUGGGGCAUUCGGCACACAUCGUCACAUUGAACACUGGCCGAGUGGUCAUGCUGGUCAUCUUUGGACACUGCCCCCUCUAUGGCUAUAUCAGCAGUGUGCAGGAAUAUGACUUAGUUACAAACACAUGGAGUAUAUUAAAUACUGUUGGUGCCCUCGUCCAAGGGGGCUAUGGCCAUAGCAGUGUCUAUGACGACAAGACCAGGGCCCUCUAUGUCCAUGGAGGCUACAAGGCUUUCAGUGCCAAUAAAUACCGGCUCGCAGACGAUCUCUACAGAUAUGACGUGGACACCCAGAUGUGGACCAUUCUCAAGGACAGCCGAUUCUUCCGUUACUUGCACACAGCGGUGUUGGUGAGUGGGACCAUGCUGGUGUUUGGAGGGAACACGCACAACGACACGUCCAUGAGCUAUGGUGCCAAGUGCUUUUCUUCGGAUUUCAUGGCUUAUGACAUUGCUUGUGACCGCUGGUCAGUGCUUCCCAGACCUGGUCUCCACCACGUCAACAGAUUUGGCCACUCAGCAGUCUUAUACAACAGCUCCAUGUAUGUGUUUGGUGGAUUCAACAGUCUCCUCCUCAGUGAUGUCCUGGUAUUUACCUCAGAACGGUGUGAAGCACACCAGAGUGAAGCUGCCUGUGUAGCAGCAGGGCCUGGCAUCCGAUGUGUGUGGGAUGCAGGGUCAUCUCAGUGUAUCUCCUGGGAGCUGGCAACAGAAGUACCAGAAGAAAAGUUAAAAUCAGAAUGUUUUUCCAAAAGAACUCUUGACCAUGACAGAUGUGACCAGCACACGGAUUGUUACAGCUGCACAGCCAACACCAAUGACUGCCACUGGUGCAACGACUAUUGUGUCCCUAGGAACCACAGCUGCACGGAAGGCCAGGUCUCCAUUUCCAGGUACGAGAACUGCCCCAAGGACAACCCUGCGUACCACUGUAAUAAGAAGACCAGCUGCAGGAGCUGCGCCCUGGACCCGAGCUGCCAGUGGGAGCCCCGGAAUCAGGAGUGCAUCGCCCUGCCCGAAACUAUCUGUGGCAAUGGCUGGCAUUUGGUUUUAAACUCAUGUAUGAAAAUCACCACUGCCAAGGAGAAUUACGACAACGCUAAACUGUCCUGUAGGAACCACAACGCCUUCUUGGCUUCUCUCACAAACCAGAAGAAGGUAGACUUUGUCGUUACGCAGCUGCGAAUCAUGCAGUCGUCGCAGAGCAUGGCCAAGCAGACCUUGACCCCGUGGGUUGGGCUUCGGAAGAUCAAUGUGUCUUACUGGUGCUGGGAAGAUAUGACCUCAUUCACAAAUAGUACAAUACAGUGGAUGCCAUCUGAGCCCAGUGACGCCGGAUUCUGUGGGAUCUUGUCCGAACCCAGUCCUCGGGGCUUGAAGGCUGCAACCUGCAUCAACCCACUCAAUGGUAGUGUCUGUGAAAGAGAGGCAAACCACAGCAGCAAGCAGUGCCGGGUGCCGUGUGCCCUGAGGAUGGCGUGUGGGGAGUGCACCAGUGGCAGCUCCGAGUGCAUGUGGUGCAGCAACAUGAAGCAGUGUGUGGACUCCAAUGCCUAUGUGGCCUCUUUCCCCUACGGCCAGUGUUUGGAGUGGUACACCAUGAGCAGCUGCCCCCCUGGAAAUUGUUCAGGCUACUGUACCUGUGGCCAUUGCUUGGAGCAACCAGGCUGCGGCUGGUGUACCGAUCCCAGCAAUACUGGCAAAGGGAAAUGCAUAGAGGGCUCCUAUAAAGGACCAGUGAAGAUGCCUUCUCAGGCUCCUGUAGGGAAUUUCUACCCACAGCCCCUUCUCAAUUCCAGCAUGUGUCUGGAGGACAGCAGAUACAACUGGUCUUUCAUUCAUUGCCCGGCUUGCCAGUGCAAUGGCCACAGCAAGUGCAUCAAUCAGAGUAUCUGUGAGAAAUGUGAGGACCUGACCACGGGCAAGCACUGUGAGACCUGUAUAUCUGGCUUCUAUGGCGACCCUACCAAUGGCGGGAAAUGUCAGCCAUGUAAGUGCAAUGGGCACGCAGCGCUGUGCAAUACCAACACGGGCAAGUGUUUCUGCACCACCAAGGGCGUCAAGGGGGACGAGUGCCAGCUGUGUGAGGUAGAAAAUCGAUACCAGGGAAACCCUCUCAAAGGAACAUGUUAUUACACUCUUCUUAUUGACUAUCAGUUCACCUUCAGCCUGUCCCAGGAGGAUGACCGCUACUACACAGCCAUCAAUUUUGUGGCCACACCUGAUGAACAAAACAGGGAUUUGGACAUGUUCAUCAAUGCCUCCAAAAACUUCAACCUCAAUAUCACCUGGGCCGCCAGCUUCUCAGCUGGAACCCAAGCUGGAGAAGAGAUGCCUGUUGUUUCAAAAACCAACAUCAAGGAGUACAAAGAUAGCUUCUCUAAUGAGAAGUUCGAUUUUCGUAACCACCCAAAUAUCACUUUCUUUGUUUACGUUAGUAAUUUCACCUGGCCCAUCAAAAUUCAGAUCGCCUUCUCCCAGCACAGCAAUUUUAUGGACCUGGUACAGUUCUUUGUGACUUUCUUCAGUUGUUUCCUCUCUUUGCUCCUGGUGGCUGCUGUGGUUUGGAAGAUCAAACAAAGUUGUUGGGCCUCCAGACGCAGAGAGCAACUGCUUCGAGAGAUGCAGCAGAUGGCCAGUCGUCCCUUUGCCUCUGUAAAUGUUGCCUUGGAAACCGAUGAAGAGCCUCCCGAUCUUAUUGGGGGGAGUAUAAAGACGAUUCCCAAACCCAUUGCCCUGGAGCCAUGUUUUGGCAACAAAGCUGCUGUCCUCUCAGUGUUUGUGAGGCUCCCUCGAGGUCUUGGUGGAAUCCCUCCUCCCGGGCAGUCGGGUCUCGCGGUAGCCAGCGCCCUGGUGGACAUUUCUCAGCAGAUGCCAAUUGUGUACAAAGAGAAGUCAGGAGCGGUGAGAAACCGGAAGCAGCAGCCACCUGCGCAGCCUGGGACCUGUAUUUGAUGCUGGGGCCAGGGACUCUUCGUGAGCGAGCGAAGUGUGGCGAGGUGUGGCACGCUGGAGCCGUCUGCAGGGAGGGGGCAGGCAGGCAGGCAUGAGCUGCUCUGCAGAGCGGAGCAGGGCCGAGAACUGGACACCCUCCGACUGGAAACAUCCGACUCAUCUGCAUGUUCACGAGCUUUCUUUGACAGUUUCUCCAUCUGUGCUCCAGCACCUAACCUUUUGUUUUUGCACAGGAAAUGAUUGAUUUAAUCACAUGUCUGGGGUGAUCGACACGUUGCUGGAGUAGGCCUUAGUGGAGCCAGUGAGAGAGCUGGGAACAACACUCAGGUUUACUUGUGGGAGGCUGGUCUUGGGACGGUCUCAGCUGCGCAGAAAACAAAGAUGUGGUGUUUACAAGUAGACAUGCGUCAUCAGUCAUUCUGGACACGGUCUUUUCCAAACGAGUCAGAUGAACGAACUUGUUUUCAUCUGAAGCCUGCUAUCUUUUUUAAAAGAUGUGCUGUUUAUUCUUGCACGUUUUAGGCAGAUACCUCUCUUCCAAGGAGUAGCUUUUUUCUAGUUGAGAACUAAUAACGGUCCAUCUCUUUUGAAUCAUAUUAAACUCAGAUAGAAGGGGGCUAUUUUAAAUGUCAAGGUCAGCAGUGAUACUUAGAACAUAAUCUGGUGUAAUAGGUAGUUUUCUAGAGCAACUUGAUUAAUUUAGUCUAAAUCCGUUUGAAAUUCCUCUCUCUCUCACACAUACACACAUACACAUAACACUAAGUGCCUAGACUUUAAAUAGAUCUAGCAGUUGGAAAGUUAAUAAGCCUCAGUUUUUACAUAAUUGCAUUCCUACAUUCUUACAAAAUUUAAAUAGUUUCCAUUGGCAAUCUUUUUUUUCUUUCUAAAAUGUACUUUGCAGCCAGGAAAGAAUUCUCACCCCAAGGAACCUUUACCCCAGCAGCAAGGACUGAAAGGAAAGCAAAAACAACCUAGCUGUGAAAGCUCCUAUUUGUAUUGUUGUCAGAAAGGACACUAAGUGAGCGUGGUCCCCAUGCGUCCCCGUGCCCCCAGGCAACUCUAGGCCUGACGUCUGCCUCAGCCUUUCUGCCCGCCUGCUGCCAGGGCGGCACAGGGGAAGGGACGCACCCGCGUCACAGACCUCCCUGGAGCAGAAAAGCGCAGGACGGCACCGGGAUGGGAGAGCGACUCUGUGCCUGCAGCCUGCCGUGGGCUGGGGGUCACCGCAGGCUGCGCAUGGAAUCACACGCCAGGAGAAGGGCAGCGCCCACUGUUGUCGGCAGAACCUGCCCGGAGCCUGGAGAAGGACCUGGAGCUAUUCGCCCUCUCUCCCCGAGAGGGCCUGGGCUCUUCAUCCCGCCCACACCUCCUCCCCCACCCCGACUCAGCUGGUAGCUGUGGGACUGGCAGUGAACACUAAAAGGAUGAAAAGCACAUGGGAAAAUGGACAAGGAGGGAAAACUCUGCCACGUGGAAAGUGACCAAGCAGGGUGGGGCAGCCCCUGCCCCCCUCGCCGGGCGCCGCCGGGCCGCGUGCUGUCCUGUCUGUGGUGCUGCCCUCUGGCGUCAUUCAGCAGCCUCCCAGGACCUCUUGUGCUUUAAAACCUGGGGAUAGACCUCUAGACAACAAUGCUCGAGUUUGUGAAUUUGGAGAAAUUAAUACUCAAAAGAGCAAGAACUGCAGCAUUUCACCUCUGAAUGCAGUGCCUAGAGAGGGAGUAUUGUCUCUUCCCUGGUACCGACCUCACUCCCAUGAGGAGUUGCCUGAAAAGAUGUUUUCAAAGAAGGUGAACCGUAAGACACUGUCUGGUACACAGAACACCUCUACUUUGAGACUCUUCUCUCAAAAAGCUGUGUUUUCACAUCACUGUUAAAGAGCAGAUGGUUCUAGCAAAGACCUCUCGGAACUUCCCACAUCCCUACUCCAGGUAACAACAGCCACGGAGAGCCUCCGUGGCCUGGCCCUUCCCCUCUGUGAUUUCCACGAGGCCUCUUGGCCAGGAGGGAGGCACUGGAGAGGCUCCUCGCACAGGGAAUCCUCGUUUGUUCUACGGAGCAGUCUCUUCCCCACAGUUGUCCCACAGCCACCCCGUCCCAUGCCUUGAAGUAACCUGCACCGAGCCCCACAGCCACCCGGUUAUCUUUUAUUUAUUUUUCCUAAAAGAGAAUGUUCCAUUUUAGAAAGGAAGGAAAGAGCCGAUGAAGUGUAAUUCUGCUCCAACGGUGGAGGACAGCUGACUCCACCUGCUUCUCCCCCGGGCCCGUGGCAAACAGCUUCCUUGAGGCUCAGGCCAGAGGAAGAGAAGGGCCAGAGGAAGGGAAGGGCCGGAGAAAGGGCACUCGGCGCAGAGCCGGUUACCAGGAGAGCGUCACAGGGACCCGAGGAGGCGCCUGCAUGCCACAGGAGAGCCCUGGACGUGAUUGAAGCCGUCACGACAGCAUCGAUGUUGCACUUGUACAUAACUCUACAGCAGUGUCCGGAAUGCUCAGACAUUCGGAGUGUACAUAAAGCAGGAAAAUAUCUCAGUGUAUUUUUAUUAAAUGUAACAGUGUCUGAGUGUCACCCAGUAUGUUUUUGUGCCACAUACUGGAUGUCCAGGUUCAGAGAAGUCUUCCAGUUAGGCCCCGAAACACAGAAAACAAAGCCAAGGGCGGCACCCCCAUCGCCCGGUGUGUUUGGAUGCAUCUGGCGCCGACUGGCCAACCUGAAUCACCUGUCAGCACACGCGUGGAAACCGGCAGCCAGUCCCUUCAGGCAGCGGUGUGCCAGGAGAUUCAGAUGCCGGUGGGAAUCUCUGUCUCUGGUGCAGGCGCUGCGAGGGUCUGGUGAGCCGCUCCGCCUCUGGGUGCUGGCGGGUGGCCGGGGACAGCCCGGCUCCUCCUGAGAACCAUUGCUGGAGGUCCGUAAGUUCAAAGACCAUACCUGGAGAAAGCAGAUUUUCCAAAAAGGGGGUUUCAGGCUGUGUUUCAUUGUGGUUUUAUCUAAAUUUUUAAUGGUCAUUUCCGAGGACCAUAGUUUACUAUACCGGAAACUGGUGGUGGGAGUGGCAUGGCUGGUUGUUGAUACACAGCUUCCGUUUUCUCCAUGGAGAGCCGCACACACCCUGGCCUCCUGGCCUCUCCUGUCCGCCUCUCCACACACAGCUUAGGGGGAAGCCUGUGCCUCCCUCUGGGGAUCACCUCCGAAAGGCGGGGAGAGGCAUGGAGAGAAGGCAGCUCAGGCUCCCCUGAGCUACCCAGGAGGCCAAGCAGCCCUGGACAGAAGACGGGCAGCAAAAGGAGAACGUGACAGGGUCUGUGGGUGAGGCCUGAGGUGAAAGAUGAGAGACGCACCAGGAAAUCUGGGGCAAAUGAAAAGACCAGAGCACUAUCAGAAAAAGACGUUUUACCUUUCGGUGCCAGUCUCACUCCUUCCACUUCAGGGCGUGUGUGAGGGGAAGGAGUGGGAGCGACUCACUUCCUUGGCUGGCAUGUCCUCGCCAGGAGCGCCUUCGAUGCCCCGGUGUCAUUCAUCCAUCCAUUCAACAAACGCUCCCUGAGCACUUACCACGAACAACCUAAGCUCACUCUAGGGCAGUGACCGGGAUGAGAAGGAGCUCCAGGACUACGACAGAAUCCAGCUCCCAGACCCACCGUCCCAGGAGACCUUUUCCUUGUGGUUUCUGUGAGAAUUGGCAGUCCUGAGCACAGACCCGGGAAGGCAGAGGGUCUGUCCUUGGGCCACCUACCUGCUCUCAGUCUGAAAUGUUUACCCAGUGUACCAAACUCAGCCUCAGACAGCACGGUGACAGUUUGUGGGUGGCCCCCCAGGAGACACUUCCCGAGUCCUGAACACCUUCGUUUGCAGGGAAAUGAUUGGGAGAGAAGAAAACCAGCGCCUUCUCUUUUAAUGGCAAUAAUGGAAUCGACUUCUGGUAACUGAAUUUGUGCACAAAACAUUCUAAACACUAGUGAAGCCUGUUUCAUUGAACUAAUUCUGGCUCUGGAAAUGUUUUGUUCUGUAGUGAUUUACCGUUUUUUUGUUUGUUUGGAUUCAAGCUUAGUUUGUUAAUAUGUAUAAUUUAGCAUCUAUUGCACUCAUGUAAAUAUGGAGUAAGUAUUGUAAACUAUUUCAUUGCUGGGGAUUGUGGGUGUUAUACAUACAUUUAGGAUUGCAAUUUUUUGGUAUUUUUUGUAUUGUAAAAUAACAGCUAAUUUAAGCAGGAACAAGAGAAAUAAGGGAGGUCUGUGCAUUUUAAACACAAAUGUGAAGAACUUGUAUAUAAUCAAAACUAACCCUAUACUACAAACUUCCUUCUAAAAUAAAAGUAGAUCUGGUAAAAA